GCGUCUGCCGAUAAUAGCACAUCAGCCAGUGCGCUGCUAUUGGGGGAGCAGAGCACAGGCAGCACGGAGGACUGAGCUGCUGAGCGCAGAAUGGUACACUAGAGGAGACAAUCAGAGACAGAGCACGUGAAGAGAGAGUGCAUCUGCACAUUUAAAGAAGAGGAGCACUGAGGAGGAGCAGGAAAGAAGGAAGAGGAGAGGAGCAGGAGGAGGAUAAAAGUUACCUGGUCAGCAAAAGAUCAUAGAGCAGCUGAGACUGAGUGGGUCUCAGUCCCACUGGAGGAGCCAAGCACAUCAAUGAGCACAGCAGGAGGAGAGUGAUAUUACAGGAGGGUGGGGGGGCUGUAACUUCUUCUCAGAAUUACAGUCCUGUCAUAAGGCAAGGGUAAUGCUCCUAACAGGACCUGGCUGCACAGCUUACUUCAGGAUUAUCACAGGAAGGCAGCAGCUUUAAGCAAAGGACUCUUACUGUAAACCUGCCAAAGUGCCUGUGCUGUUCCAUUCAACUCUUUUCUGCACAGGUGACUUCUUGGGAGUGGAUGUAGUUGUGUGCCUUUGUCUUUUCUUCAAAAGUGUGAGGUUUGAAGGCCAAGGUGUUCUGUCAUCUCUGGGACUAUGUUAGACUGUGCAUCAGAGAACCCCUCAUCAUCAGCAGCAGCUCUAGAGCAUGGAGAAGUCCAGCAGUGAGGAGUCAGCCAUUCACCGUAGUCCAUCUGUAGACAGCCGUGAUUCGGAUUUUCCUCAAGCCUCCACGUCUGGCCGCCCGUUUGGCGGCCGUGGCUUCACUGCUGGUGCUUUCUACGGCUCCACGGGGCCACGCAAAAACCCACAGCAGGGACAGGCUGGUGCAGCAGCUGACACCGGCGUGGGAGACAAGACCAACAACAAGUACAGCUCACCCAAAGGCAGCAAAUACGUAGUCUUUUACCUGGAUCUAUCCUUUGUGUUCCUUUUAGAAUUCAAGAAGUGCAACAUGGCGAGAGGCUGCUUGUGCUGCUUGAAGUAUUUGAUGUUCGUCUUCAAUCUCAUCUUCUGGUUAUGUGGCUGUGGGCUGCUUGGCGUGGGCAUCUGGCUCUCUGUGUCACAGGGCAGCUUUGCCACCUUUUCGCCUUCAUUCCCCUCUCUCUCCGCUGCCAACAUGGUCAUCGCUGUUGGGGCAAUCGCUAUGGUGACGGGCUUUCUCGGUUGCCUGGGUGCUAUUAAGGAGAACAAGUGCCUGCUUCUAAGUUUUUUCAUCGUACUGCUGAUAAUUCUUCUGACAGAGCUGAUACUUCUUACCCUCUUCUUUGUGUACUCCGAUAAGGUGAGGGAGAAUGCUAAGCAGGACCUGAAGGAUGGGCUGGCCCUUUACAACUCAGAAAACAACAUAGGCCUUCGAAACGCAUGGAACAUCAUCCAGGCAGAGUGGAAGUGCUGCGGUGUUAUAGCGUACACUGACUGGCACGACGCCCUGAGGGAGAAAGUGGUUCCUGACCGCUGCUGCCAGGAGCAUUACCAAAACUGUGGCCGUAACUCCACCAACAUGUUCUGGAACAGGGGCUGCUUUGAGAAAGUGGAGGAAUGGCUGGAUGACAACAAGCUUCUACUGGGAACCAUAGGCAUGGUCAUCUUGGUGGUGCAGCUCCUGGGCAUGGCGUUCUCCAUGACGCUGUUCCACCACAUCCACAGAACAGGAAAGAAGUACGACGCCUAACCUCAAGCAGAUGCGCUCCUGCCUAAUGGGAUGAGACUGAUUCAAACAUCCAUGCUUUCCCUCUCACUUUACAAUGACUGUAAAGCAUCUUUCGCCGCCCCCCCCUUCCUUGGCCUGUACAGAUUUCAGCUGUGUUCCUGCACCUUUCCUGCUCUCUCUCUACCUAUCAUUCAUUUUGCCAAAGAGCAACACAAGUGGAACUGAAGGGACACCUUCUUUUGGCAAGAAAGAAAACAUCUAUUAUGAAUGACAUAUGCUUUGUUUAUUUUUUGCUUUGACUAACAUUUUGCUGGAAGGAAAGUUGUUUUUUGAGACAAUGAAGACUGAACUAAUGCCCAUACAGCAUCUCCAAGGCAAAGAAAAACCCAUGAAAUGAAAACAGAGACUCCUCUCCUCCGUUCUGGAGGUUUUAUUAAUGUUUAGCGACACAAAAACCCCAUUUUCCCUUGUAAAUGGAUCAAUACCCAAUAUGGCAUGUUAGUUUUUUACUUCACUGGCUUACCUGUCUCUGAAAUUUAGUUUUUUAGGUUUUAGAUUUGUUUUUAUGAAAAUUAUCAGUGCCCCUGUGAUCUGCUCGUAUGCAUUUCGGGUUGUGAUCCAUGAUUUAUUUUUUUUUUAUCUGAGCUGUAGGACUUUGGGAAAAAGGAAAUGUGUUGGAGUAGAAUCAUGUAAACAUGCAGAAUCUGCAGGGUUACAAACUUUAGUUCACAGCUCUGUCCAUGAACCCACAUUUCUGUGUUCAAGUUCCCCUUUGACGCAACAUUCAUAGUGUUAAACCGUCAUUUAUUAGUGCUUCACGAAACCUGUCGGUGUCUCAAGGGAUCCGGGUGAUAAAGUUGUUGUUUUUUUUAAAGAAUAGACUGUUUGUGUGUUUAGCUCUGUGUCUUUGUUUGAUCAUUCAGUCCAAAUUUCUGAGGGGGUAAAGAAAAAUAGGAUCAGAGAGAGAAAAGGCUAACAGCAGACAUGUUUUUUUCACUGCUCCAGCCAUCAAUUGUGCUGGCAGGAAGAACCUAGAGGCUUUCGCUUUAAGCUCUCAUCUAUUCAGUCUGCCUGAACUCAGCCAUGCCUCCAUUUUUCUGUUUGCACCCUGAUUCUCUUCCCACAUGUCAGGAAGCAAUGAGUUUGACAUUCCUGCUCAUUACAAUGUCACACCUUUGGUUUGCAGGUUCACAUAUUUCAUCUGAGCUUACUUUUCAUGCAGCCUAAAGAAUGGUGUGGGGAGGGCAUAUCAAAGUCAGACAGAUAGGUAUGGCAACAUGCCCUGUAGGACACGUUUGUUUAUGUCUGUUUACGCACUGAUGCACAGCAGGAAGCCCCGGCAUCAGUCUGCCUCCUGGAGACCAAAAAUACUCUUCAGCUGUUAGAAUCCCCCCCCACCACCACCACCUUUCCUGCACAAAAUUCCUUAAGUUAUAAAGAGAUGUGAAGAAUACCUUUAUUGGAAGGGGAUCGUUUCUGCUUCGACUGUGAGGCUUAGGAUAUUCAGUAUUUGUCACAUCUCUGCGGGUAAAUUGUUUUGACAUUUAAGAAGAUGGAACAGAAAAAAAAAUGAAGAGACAAGUUAUAAAAGCAAAAACUUAAGCACGCACCAAGAUUUACCGCUUUACUUUCAGCAUCAUUCUCAGUUUCCAAGGUAGAGUAAGGUUUUACAUUACAGUGUACCAACACGCCUGCACAAAGUGACAUAGGUCAGUGUUAAAUUAGCAAGUCGCUUUAUGCCGUUUGAUGAAACGGUCAGAGGUUGAAACUGGAGCAGAUCUGGCUGCUGAUUAAAGAGAUGAUCAGAUCUAAAAUCAGGAUAAAAAAAGAACCUGUUACUUUAAGACCAGGGGCCCAUCUGUGUCCCUUGGACAGAUGUCCCUAAAAUGUUUUUAAAGAUUGCCAUUAAAAUUUUAGCAACGUAUUUUCUAUCUACCGGUAUAUUUUCUAGCAAAGUCAUGAUUAUAAUUCCUAAUUCUUAGUCCUUUGGACAAUAUUUUUAUUUUUUUAUACAAAGUUUUCUUUUCUACUUGAGGUUACUUAUCUUACUGUUCUAAUUUUCUAUACAAACCAACGCUGCUGCCUGCACAUUCCCUGACCUAUUACAACAAAAUCUUGUCUAAAUUAAAAAUAUAAAAUAAGCCUACAUUUGAUUAACUUCAGUUUAUUGGAGUCAUUAUAAUAUAUACAUAAAUGAACUGAAAUUUAAACAUAAAACUUCAGGGACACAGGAAGGUCAGUUUUAUAGGCUCAAUCCUUCUAUUUUGCUUUUCCCUUUUCAGUGUCUGAGGCACUGUCUUUGUGGUUUUCUGCUGCUGCAGCGCUUACCUUUUAUUGCAACACAUCAUUGUGUCUCCUAGUUAGUACCUUUGUUGGUUAAAUAAUCCACCCAUUUGUAUUGUUUGCAUUGCACACGCUUGCUAGGCAGAAUGAGGUCGAGACAGGAGCAUUGCUUGAUCUGUGGCAUUCUGUUUUCAUUUAAUUCACAGCAACCAUUCAGCUAAAGCCUGAGCAUACAGUGCAUAAAAGAAACUGGAUGCCUAUAGUGCAGCUGACUGAAUAAAUGACUUUAUAAUCCCCUCUAGCUCUCCCCCACAAACCUGCUAUUCACCUGUCGAAAAUGACUUUUUCUGGAAGCAAAGGUUUUGCAAAGGUCCUGCAUUUACUGCAUGUACCUCAAAAGCAGCCCUUGAUUAUAACCCAUUAGAGCCACAUGAGGCUCUGUGUCUGUAAUCUAAAUUUAGUCCAGAAAGGUGCAAAAAAGUUUUUUCUUUUCCCUUAAAGGUUUAUUUCUGAAAGAUUAUUCGGGGACAAAUGUAAUUACCAUACAUUUUCCAACCAAGCAGAUUAUUUACUUCAUACUGUAUCUUCUUGGGUUAUAACUGACAUGUUUUAAUUGGUUUUAUGGCUGCAUCAUUUUAACGACAGGUUAUUAGGAUCUACCAUGUGGCCCUUUUUAGCAACGCUUCUUAUUGUGUCCAUGGGGUUUAGCAAGACAGCCACUGCUGUACAGUGCAUGCACAAUUGGCUGCUACAGUACAGCUCCCCGCCACCCCACACCCACCUCCCACCCAGCUUGGCUGCCUCCACCCAACAGUGUUCUACCUUAUUUACCACCUCGCUCUGCAGACGCCUGACUCCACAUACAGACGCUGCAGAGAAACAGCUCAGCUCUUUGCAAAGUAGCACCUGUGGGGGUAACCUGUGCUGCUUUUCCUCACAUUAAAUAGAGAGGUCUUUAUAAACGGAUGAUACAGAAAACAAAAGGACCCGAAACGCUGGAAAUAAAUCUCUAAAUCUGAUAACACUUUUUUUUUAUCACAUACUCUAAUACUAUGCCCAGAUUCUGUUUGUGAACUUUGUCUCAACCCAGCCACAAACAUUUCCUUUGUCUGCUUUUGUCAGAGUAAGGGUUCCCUUUGUGUUAGUUAAGAAGGCAGAGCCAAAUGACAUUUCAACAACAGCUGUCCAGUUAUGUUAUGUUGUUUGUUGGUCGUUGCUGUUUUAAUGUUUGUUUUUUUUACUGUUGCUUUUUUUUUGUAGUGUAGGCAGUUUCGUCUGCUUUUUAUAUCCGUGCGUGACAGACGGUCCGCUGAAUCUCAUUGUACGCAGAUGACACCAUUAAUUCUUCUUUUCUACAGGGGAUUAGUCUUGGCAGCGCUUCUGUACAAGGUGCAAAAAUGCCUUUUUUUGUCUUAAUUCUGAUGCAAUGGUAUACAUUCAGAGUGGAUGAAAAAUAUAUGAAAAAUACAUACAUAUAUAUAUAUGUAUAUAUAUAUAUAUGCGUGUGUGUUUUUAUGUAUAUAGAUAUUUGCUGAUUCUUGUCUUUAUAGAGUCUGCUUUUUUUUAUAGUUCAGGAGUAAUUUUUGAAGUAGAAUCAGUCAACCACAAAACUGUUUGUGCAAAGUUGGGAGUAUAAAAAGUAUGAGUUUACUAAAUUAUUUAAAGUUGCACUGGAACUUAACAGCUCACCGUACUCUCCAAGCUGCCCCAAAGCCCAUUUUAUUGCAAAAGAUAACCUGCACUAGCAUCUUUAGACAACUGCAGGUAAUACCUUGCAAUACACUUGGUGAUGCCUGGAUGCAGCAGCCAUGAAGACCCAUUCCAUUAAGCUUUCUACUCAAAGUUACUGAGCUAAUCUAAGGGUCCCAUAGAGUUUGGAGAAAGUUAGUGACCUCUGCACAGUUUGCAGCAUCUAGCAAUCAGGCUCUGGGAUUUUACACGGGCUACUGUACUUCUUUGUGGCUGUGUUGUUAUCCGCAAUUGCUUCCACUUUGCUAUUAUACCACUUACAAGACUAUUUUUUAAUAGAAAAAGGAUUCUCUACACCAGUGACCAUCAAAGUUGUUGGAAAACCUAAAUUCAGUUAUUCAAUUUGCAUGGGUUUAGCAAAUACUUUUGGUAAUAUAGCGUACUUGUGGGUAAGGUCCACAAAGAGACGCACUGUCUGCAUAUUUUAGUUCUACUUUGAAUAAAUUAUGAUGUGCAGUUAUAACCUGCAGUGUGUUUUUUUUUUUUUUUUUACUGCUCAUGUCAGGUCCGUUAUGUGUUUCUAAAGCGUCUUUGUGACACUGUGCCACGGAGCUCAUGUCGCUCUACUAUAUCAGCACAGGGUCUCAGCCCCAUGUGUAAACAGUACAUAAAUAUAUAUGCUUAUUUUACAACUGAUUCAAGUCAGUGUUGCUGGAACACAAAUGAAUAUAUGAACACUGACAGCUCAAUUUUCUAACAAACCAUGUGCUUUUAUGCUUAGUUAGACAUAUCUUUUUCUUGUAUUUUAAAUGUCUGUUUUUUGUUUUGUUUUUAUUUGUUUGCUGUUUUCCCUUCACUUGCAGUGGCAAUUUUAUGUAAAUGUCUGUUUUUAUCUGUAAGCUUUUCAUGUCUUGUUUAACUGGAUUCUGAUCUUGUAGUUUAUUUCAUUUCAGAGGAAGCAUAAAAUAUUCUUUCUCAUCCGUCAGUAAGUCACAGAGAUGCCGGGGACAAAAUGCGUUGCAGCGAUCCGGGUUUGCGUGGCAGUGAGAGACUUUGAGCAGUUUCAUUUCAUUUGAAUCACUUUAUUUUUGCACCACCUUCGGCUUACUGUUUGUGUAAUUCUGCUCGCAAUGCGUCUUCUGAGCUGAAACUGAAUCUUUGAGCAGUGGAAAUGACGCUCUCCAGCAGAAGCGGCAUGUUUGAUGUUGAGUUCUCUGCUCGGCGGCAUGGACUGAUGCCUGCCAACAUCAUCCUGUGACUUCCUGCCACAAAGCUACACUAUCUGAGGUGGUGCACUCACCUGCUCUUUUCUCCAAAUCAACUAUUUUUUAAAUAAAAGAAAGUGUGUCACUAAAUCCAACGAUAUUUCGUAUAGUCAUUGCCUUUCACGUUUAAUCACUCUUUGCUUCUGAUUUAUUCCAAAUGUAUGUUGCUGUCAAUUACAUAGGCCACAUUUAAACACUGAUGCAGGUUUUAUAGGGUGGGGUGGUUGAAGAUCUUGGCAGGUAGAGGAAAGAUAAGUGAUGCCAGUCCAGAUCCCAAAAUGUCUUUAAUUUAAGAGAGUGGUCUCCUCGCCUGCCUCUUUCUAAUGAUCGUGGAGUUUUAAGAUGAAUAAUUGGCAUUGAUGAAUCAUUUUUACAAAGAACUAAAGGAAGGUGAGGAAAGUUCAGACCAUAAUAGAGCUGGAUGAUCGACACCAUAUUUUUUGUAUAGAUCUUGAUCUCGCCUCUUUUUUUAGCCUUCUUGUUGUCAGAGUUGUGUGUUGGUAUGUGUCUGUGUGUGAGAGACAGAGUGGAUUCCACCAUGGCUUUUCCUGUUUUUCUUUUACAUUGCUGGUAUUUCUAUGCAAAGCCUAUGAACUAUUUUAGCCUUUGUACAGAUUAUUUUGUAUGAGUAACAUGUAAUGAAAUAAACUGAAAGUAAUCUAGCAUGGAUUUUUUUUUUU